GAGAGGUGGUACGGCCCCUGGCGCGCGAUGGGCCAGUCUUGCGCGUUGCCUCGCCGGUCGCUUGGGUCGACCGGCUGCCUCAGUCGACAUUCGACCGUGCAGCGCGACGUAUAUUAUAGUUUGGAUAUACGACGAGCGGCGGCCGCUGUAGUACAUAAUUCGCGAUUGCGGCAACGCGAUAGUAACAGGAACACGCGCGCAAUCGGUUCGCGUUUGAAAUUACGAAACUGACGAAAAGGAAGGAGAAAGAAAGAGAGAAAGAGAGAGUGAGGUAGAAGGAGAGAAACAGAAAGAGAGAGAGAGAGAGAGUGUGAUAAAGAGAGAGAAAGGAAGAGGAAGAAGAUACAGAGAGAGAGAAGGAGAGCAAGAUAGUAGAAGAGGACGAAGAGAAGGGAAAGGGGGGGGGGGAAGAAAAGAUCAAGUGUCGGUAGUGGCAAGUGCGCGGGUGUUUCGCCGGAUCAAAAAGUUGGAUGAUCUUUAAAGGUGUCUCGUUUGUUCUAUCGGCCCGUUUAUUUAUAUAUAUUUUAAUUGCUGUCAUCGGUUCGUCAUCGUUAUUAUUUUAUUCAUCGAUUACGACGAAACGUCGACGAAAACGUUCGGGGAAGCCAGCAAGCAACGGAAUGUGGCACGAGGAGGGCCGACACGAUCUCGAAAGCUAUGCCGGCUGAUAGAGUAUUAGAAAGGGGAGACGGAAGUGGACCGACAUUGCAGCCACCUUAAGGAGUACGCGUGGGAGUUUGGAUUGGCGAAGGUUGAGAGGGUGAAUUUAGCGUAAUACUUCGUUGUACGAUGCCGAUGUCGUUCGAAGCUCAUCAUCCACAUCGCUGGUUCCUCCUCCUCCUCCUCCUUCUCCUAUCAGAUCGGCGUUCCUCAAGCGGUAGUCCCUCUCCUGAAAGAAAGUGGCCCAACAUUUAAGGGUUACCAUUGCGAAUCCACGUCGUCGCCAUGAUGGACCUCCUAUGUAGCAACUCGUUGAGCCCGGGUACGUAGAGACGACCUUGAGAGAUCGAGAACGAACGAGAAAGAAAAAGACGGACAGAGAGAGAGAGAGAGACAGAGAGAGAGAGAGAGAGAGAGAGAGAGAGAGAGAGAGAGAGAGAGAGAGAGAGAGAGAGAGUGAGAGAGUGAGAGAGAGUGACAAGCAGAAUAAUUUGAAUCGAAAGACAGGACACUAUGUAAGGUGUUAAACGAGAGGACAGCCUUCCGCCCGUGAAAUCAGCGUCGAGUAAUGCUGAAGCAUAUCCUGACGGGGCAACCGUCAUCAGCGGGCUCCAGGCAUCACCACAAUGAUUAUCAGACGAGCUCUGGCUCGUUGCACGCCGGCCACCAUCAUCACCAUCAGCACAAUCAACAGGAGCAACCGCAACAACAACAACAACAACAACAACAACAACAGCAGCAGCAACAACAGCAACAACAUUACGGUGGCAACGGUAGCUGUGGUACGAUCGCACGUGGAACGUCAUCAAACUCUGCUCGGACGAACGGUAUCGACGUUUACGAAUCAUUGGUUCAUCAAACGUCGCAAAGACAAACGACGACGGGAUCGUCGAACGUUCAUCAAGCAGCUACGACACCUUCCUCGGCUCAUCGUCAUCCAUUGAAUCAUUCGCAAUUAAGCGUUAAUAAUCUCUCGCAACGGCUCAAUCACUCUCACGCCCUUAAUCUCUCAACCCUGUCGACGUCUAAGCAUUCGGUUAACAGUGUCAGUCCGGUAGUUGGUGCCAGUAACAAUGUCAACGGACAGAAUAAUAAUAAUAAUAACAAUAAUAAUAAUAAUAAUAAUAAUCUGUCGAGUGUGCCAGGUCAGACGGUCGUCGGUGUUCAAUUGCCGAUUCAUCAGGAUAGACCUAAGGCGAACGGUGGCUUCGAUAUAUCGAGAUUAUCUAGAUUACCUAGCCAAACGACACCUUCCCCAGCACCUGUUCUUCAUCAGUCGGCAUUACAGGCCGUCCAACAACAAAUCGGACACGCUGGACCAACCGUCAUACCUCUUAACGCCUCGUGGUCAUCCUCAUUGUCGAGGAAUCAUAGAUGCCACGAGGCAGGCGUUAAGGAGAUGUUAACGAGCCUUGGAUUACUGUGUUUGGUAUCUCUGUUGCUCGCUCUACUUUCCCUGAUCUUCCUAUUGAAGAUUUCACCAUUGACGGUCACGCCGAGUAGCCUAAUCAGCCCGGAGGAGUACACGAUCGUCUACGAGGUGACCUUGGCUUUAUGCGCCCUCGCUCUGUCCUUGAACCUGUGCUGCCUAUUGGUCUGCGCGAUACAGUUCCUCUUUGCUGUUAAACUCGUCAAGACGUCGUAUCAGGGACAUCGGAGCAACAAGUACCUGCAAAAGUCGUCUAUCAGCCGUGUCUGCGCGGUCGGAGGCUUUUUCAUUAGCAUUCCAGUCUUCUUAACCGGCAUGAUCCUGUAUACGUUUAUACAGUUUCACUCGACGCCGGCUAUAGUAACGUCUGUCUUUAUCGGCCUCGGCAUUGUAUUCUGCGGAUGCGCCAUGGUCCAUAACGUCUUCGUGUGGCAGAGGGAGAAGACGAACGCGGUGAAGGCGCUAGCUCGCGAACAGUGCGAAGCGGCGGCUCAACUGCAACGUCAACAAUUACAACAAUUACAACAGAAUAAUAAUAAUAAUAAUAAUAAUAAUAAUAAUCACAAUAAUCAUAAUCAUCAUCAUCAUCAUCAUCAUCAUCAGUCACAUCUACAACAACAACAAUAUCAGUUGCAUCAGCAACAGCAUCAUCAUCAUCAUCAGCAGCAGCAGCAACAGCAGCAUCAGUUACGGCCAAGUAUUUAUCAUAGCGGAGGAUGCCCACCAAAAAUUGGUUCUUUAACGGGAACGAAUUCUAAUACUACGUUGGCCCAUAACAAUGCUGGUAAUAAUCGUGGCUCGCAGUAUCAGCAACAACAGCAACAACAACAACAGCAGCAACAGCAACAGCAACAACAGUUGCAGCAUCAGCAACAGCAACAGCAGCAUCAUCAUCAUCAUCAUCAUCAUCGACACAUGUCGUCGCCGAUGUCACCGCCAUUGUUGUUGUCAUCGACGAAUGCUCCGCUGGCAUCUACGCACAGCCUUUUAAAUGUCACCGGUACGAAUCGUAAUAUAGUAACACCACCUACGACCCCUGGUGACAGGUCACCACCGAGUCCAAGCAAUAAAUUCAAUAGGUCUCAUUUAACGAGGGAGACUAGUGGUAGCGUAAGUCCUGGUUUACCGGCAGCUACCUUAGAUCUUAGCAGUGCUGCCAACACCAACAGCCCUCAUGAAUUGUCUACGCUCGUGUAAAUAAUCGAGACAUUUAAGGGAUUAAUUUCUUUCCAUUCGAAACGACUUUUUGGAAUUUUCUUCUUCUUCUUCUUCUUUUUUGUUUGUUUGUUUGUUUGUUUGCUUGUUUCUUUGUUUGUUUGUUUGUUCUACUAACAUCAUUGGAUAUAUGUAGGUGUGCGAAUGGUGUCUCUUCUUGUCGAUUACGAAACACCUAAGAACUAUAUCUGACUGAUAUUAUAUAUCCUCGAUUUUCUCUCUCUCUUUCUCUCUCUCUUUUUUUUGUUAAGCUUCUAUAAGAAUCGACAUACGUGAAUUUCUCUUUCCUAUCGUAAAAUAAAACGUAUAUAUGUAUGUA